GUAAUGGGUGCUGCAGGCGAUAUGAGUAUGAGGUGUGUUUUACUGGCGCUCCUGACGGCGGCUGCGGCACAGCCUGAGGGACCUCGGCUGAUUAGUGCAAAUGUCGGUAUCAUACAAGUUGACUGCUGCUUCAACGACACCGUGGUGGAUCAUGGCCAGGUGGUGUUCAAUCUACCCAGCAAAUGUCUUCAACUAGUGUGUAACUACGGCAAGAUCAUCCCUCGCUUCCUGGGUGACCCCGGCAGAAGUCACUGUUGUGAGUUUGACGGGUUGUUGUACGCUGAGGGAGCAGAGUUGGCGGGUCACUGCGUAGUGAUGCAGUGUACCAGGAAGGGGUGGAUUCCCAGAGGUGACAUAGACGACUGUUGUAAACACUGCUCUGUAUAUGACGACCCCCACUUCGUCACCUUCGACGGUUAUCGGUACGACUGGCACGGCUACUGUAACUACUCCGUGGCUCAGACUGACAGGACUUAUAACCCCGAGGCUGGUGUGUUCAGUGACUUUGAGCCGUGUUUUGGGGGACCUUCCUGCCUCGGACGCUCUACUUUCAAGGACCAUAAGCACACCGUGAUUUCUUUGGGCCACAGCGUGUUCAACCUACUGGUGAACGGCGACCCCUACGCUGUGCCUCUUGUUGGAGCGGAACCCGUGAGGUGUUCAUCCAAAGUUCACCCUGUUCUGGCGUGGCGCAACGGCCAGUGUACUAUGUUACUAGGCUCUUCUAAGCUUAUGGUGCAGCACUGCCGCCAUCGUCUGGACGUGUGGGCUCACCCCACUCACGCAGACAACCUGGACGGUCUGUGUGGACACUUCAACUUCUAUGAUGCUGAUGACUUCACUAGCAGGCAGGGCGACGUGCACCCGCUUGAGUACUUGCCGUCCACUUUCCCUCAUUCCUGGAGGACGCUGGACCAGACCGACUACAGAUGUCGGCAAUGCAAGAGUUGUCCACCUCCCAGAGUCGAACGUCUGUGCCGAGCUGAUGAGCGACAGCUGGCCAAGUACACGAGUAUAUGUGAGAAGCACUUGGGGUCCGUCAUUGACCGGACCGAAGGGCUCGAAGGCUACCUGGAGACUUGUGUAUUCGACAUAUGCAUGAUGUACCAGGAUAGGCGGAAUGACCGUGAGGUUCAAGAUUGGCUCGGAAUUUUGCAGAAAAACGUUAACAUGGCGCAUAUGAUCAUAAAUCUACGACUAGGUGAAUAGGAGCUACCACCAUCAACACCACUUCCGACCAGCCUACUAAACGUAACCGUGGAGAGCUGCAAGUGUGUGGUGACGAUCCGGCCAGCGGUGUCGACGAUGGCUCAGCAGGCGCCCAGACUGAAGGAGAUCCUGGAGGACCUGCACGAGGCUGUCAAGAAGUACGGCCCCUUAGACUCUCUCACCAUUAUCUCUUCCCGCAGUGCAUCCCGUAAACUAAGGAAGUUGCUGAGGAUCCUACGGAAGAUAGCAAACUCCGUAGACACCGUUUGGAAGUGGCUUAAUCGUAUUUUUCGCCGGAGACCCAGGAGCGAGGAUGUUGUAGAUUUGUGUCCAAUUGUUAUCUUGCAACAAACUAAAAGAUAUUAUUGACGCGGCGGAGGAGUUGUUGAAGAUCAGGGCAGAGAUGGACACGGACGACCAGACGAUGCUGGAAGUGAAGCUGGACAUUGAAGAAACAUUAAAGGUUGCAGGAGACGCCUUGGUCCUGGUGACUACCGUAGAUGUUGAAAUAAAAGGAAUCCCUUGUUGAGGUCGCUAGCCUUAAUGUUUUGGCCCUUCUACCCUUGAAGUUUACCUUGCAGAUAUUUAUUUUAAAGAUUUAGAACUAGUCUAGUUUAAGUUUGUGAAAGUUGUGAACAUUUUUAUGUGAACUUGUUAAGUUUUUGGCGAAUAAAACCUGUUACUUCA